AUGGCGUCGGAGCCGAGCACCAGGCAGAGACUGCACAGUGUUAUUGAUGAUAUGGAGCUUAUAUCCAAGGAGCUUAUAGAGCAGUUAGCCAUGCCAAAGUCUCAGAAACGAGCAGAUGCCCCCGACACAACCGAUCUCAUGGAAUUGUUGAUUGAGAAAGAUAGCGAAAUCAAGGAGUUACUUAAAAUAGCUGAGGAACAAGAGAAAGUUCAGAAAGUUAUGGAUGGACUAAGGGCAGAAGUCAACAAACGUGAUGGGGAGAUCCGGCAGUUACAACGGGCUCUUAAGGAAGCUGAAACAAUUAUGGCAACCGCUGUCUACCAGGCCAAACAAAAAAUGGCAGCUAUUAAGCAGGCACAGAACAAUAGGAUUUCCUCUGAAGAACUCAUCAAGUAUGCCCACAGAAUCAGUGCCAGCAAUGCUGUAGCAGCACCACCAAACUGGGGACCAGGUGAUGCUAGAAGACCAUAUCCAACAGAUCUAGAAAUGCGUCACAGUUUUUUGUCAAUGGGAACCUUUCCUGAAACAUCAGCUUCUACAGCAGCCACUCCAGCACUGUCUAGAAUGUACUCACAAGAUUCCCAGCCAUCAUCGCAGCACCAUCACCAACACCAGACCCCACCGCAACACAGCCUACCCCACCACCACCACCAGCCUCAUCACAAGUGGGGGGAGCAGCCAGGCAUACCCCCCACCUACGGGUGGCAGUCCUCACAGGAGCCAUCCUUGUCCCUGACCACCCACCACAGUAUCAGUGACAGCUUGAAGGGCUACAGUAAAGAGGAGGAUGACGUGGAGCUCAUGUCUAGCGACUCGUCCAGUAGUAGUUCUAGUGAUGAAUGA